CACCAGCGGUUGCUCACACUCGCCUCGCUCCGCCGCGUCACGAAAAUCCUCCGCCAUGGCGCUGCCGCCGGAGGAGGAGGCUGCGAUCGAUGGCAUUCCGGAAGGUGGCGUUGAGGAGGAGGAGGAGGAGGAGGAGGAUCCGCAGGAGGUGGAGCCGUGGUUCCCAUCCUCCGACUCGGAGCCGGAGCCGGACGCGGACCGCCCGGCGCUCGAGCCGCUGGACCCUUUCCCCGCCGCGGCCGAGACGGAGCUACAGCCGGCGCGGAUGGCGGUGCAGGAGGAGAAGGGAGAUGGGGAGGAGGCGAGGCCGCGGUGGCCCGGGUGGCCCGGCGCGAGCGUGUUCCGGCUGCUGGUGCCCGCGGAAAAGGUCGGCGGCCUCAUCGGGCGCCGCGGUAGCACCAUCAAGCGCCUCUGCGACGAGACCCGCGCCCGCGUUCGCGUCAUCGACGCCGCGCACGCCGCCGCCGACCGGAUUGUUUUGGUAUCUGCAACGGAAGAAGUUGAAGCAGAGUUACCACCUGCGAUGAAUGCUGCAAUUAAGAUCUUCAAGCAUAUAAACAGGAUAGAAGAGAUCAAUUCUGAUGGAACUUUAUCUGCUUCUGCACCAGACAUUUGUUCCGUUAGAUUAUUGGUUCCAGCUGCACAAGCUGUCCACUUAAUUGGCACGCAAGGAGUUACAAUUAAGUCAAUCCAAGAAAGUAUUGGUGCUAUGAUAAGGAUUAUAGAUGAAGAUGAGCUAUUGAAUUUUGAGGCACUGGAUGAAAGCAUUGUGGAGAUAUAUGGGGUUUCUGUCAAGGUUCACAGUGCCCUAAAAUCAGUGCUCGGACUUCUCCGGAAGUUCCUAGUUGAUCAUGGUGUGCUUCAUCUAUUUGAAAGGAAGAACCAAGAAGUAGCUCAGCCACAGGACACUUCUAAAGAAAAUCAAUUUAUUGAUGCUUAUCAUCUUGAAGUGAACCAGGAUUUUUGGUUAUAUGAUCAGCGAGGUUAUGGUACCCCAAUAAGCAGUAGACCGUUCUGGGGUCAUGAUCCAUCUUUCUGUGAUCCUUACUCAUCAGAUAUCAUCCAUGCAACUGAUUCCUUGAUGGCACAGCCGGGUCAUGCUAAACCAAAAGGCAGUAGAUUCUUAUAUGGAUGCGAUCCAUCUUUUCAUAACCAGUACUCUCCAGAUCUCAGCCAACCAACUGAUCAGUUAAUAACACAGACAAUGAAGAUCCCGCUGCCACAUGCUGAAGAGAUAAUUGGCGCGAGGGGAGAAAACAUUGAAUUUAUCCGUUCUGCUAGUGGAGCAGUUGUGAUUCUUGAGGAAAUUGGAGAUUAUCCCGAAGAGGUUCUAGUUAUGAUCAAAGGCAGUCCUUCGCAAGUUCAAACUGCAUAUCAAGUUUUACAGGAGGUUCUUUCAGGCAACAGGGAGCCGCCGCCGCCACCCAGGAUCUGUUACCGCGACGCACGCCGAAGCUGGGCCACGGCUGCCGAGCUCCUCCCCUCAUGCUGGCGCGCUGCUGCUGAACUCCCCGCACACUGGGCCGAGGUGGCUGCACUCCCCCCUACCACACGGCGUUGCAACAAGCCGGGACUAGCUGCCAUGGCACCACGAAGAUGAACCGCCCAUGAUCACAGAGGCUGCGCUCCCUACGCCUAGAGUCUAGAUCAUGCUCACCUGACCAAGCUAGCUAAUUAAUCUGUACUAUGUUCAGUCUAGAGAAGUAUUGGCGCUUAUAUACUUGCUACACUCACUUAUUAAUCUCAGCAUAUUAUGACAGCAUGAUUAGCUGAGGAAAGAACCUAG